UAGAGGGGUUAACUUGCUGCUUUACCACAUUGCUGGUCACACUGUAUGAGACAUGCUGACAAUGAGGCUGACUUUCCUUUUGGCCCUGUACUUUAUGUGCGUGUCAUCAACUGAUGAAUACUUAGACGACGUUUGUGAGACUCAGACACUGAGCGCUAAAAUUGGCUCGUCUGUGCUCCUGCCAUGCAUCUUUUCAACAAAUAACCUAACCAACUGGGUGUCGUGGACCCACACCGCUCAAAUGGAGUACCUGGAACUGGUCAACCUCACAUCUAAAGGGCAAAUUAACUUUGCCAAUCCCAGAGAUGGCCGGAUAAAAGUCUACCCAAACCAGGGCUCAGAGGGGAACUACUCCAUUAGCAUCGAUGAGCUUGAAAUCUCUGACUUAGGGGGGUAUUGCUGUAAGCAUAGACAUCGGUGUGUUGAAGUGGAUUUGGUUGCUGAGACAGGUACAAAUGAAAAGAUGCUGCUGCUGAUUUUCAUUUGCGUUGGUGCAGCUGCUUUCAUUCUGCUGAUUGUGGGUGGAUACGGCUGCAUGAAAUGCAUAUUGUGGUGCUGUAAGAGAAGACAGGAUUAUACAGUCCAUCUCACUGGUGGAGGUGUCAGUGCUCCACCUGCAGAAAUAGGUGUAGUGCCAGAUGACCAGCAAAGAGGAGCAGACAAUCUUGUCUAUGAAAAUGAUGACCAAGGUCCAGUCAACCAGCAAGGCCAUGGAAAUCAUCCCAGCAUACCGGGAGCCUGCCCUGGUCAGGACAGGGCUCAGUCAACUGAAAGCACAACAUCGAUUUAUCCAAACUUGGGGCAGUUUCACUUGGAGAGGAUGGAAAGUCAGAGAAAAAAACAGAGAUUUCAUACAGAACUUUUAAACAGAUUACGGCCAGCAAGUCUCAGUCGGCAUUUCUAUGCUAACCAAGGUGAAAUCGCCAGGCAACAAGCCAUGUCAGCUCAGGCGGAGAAUCAUCGCAAAGCAGGUUUGGAGAAGAAGAAAGCCAAAGCAAAGUGUGAAUACAAAAACCCGAUUUACAACAGGAGCACAGACCAUCUCAACCACCUGUAGAGCAGCAAGGGCACAUUUUCAACAUCCUUUCAGUCACUGAUAUUUUAUUUCAUUGUAUUUUAUUUUACAUAAAUCUUUUAAACUUGAUACACGUCUUAUUGUAUCAUCAUUUUAUUGUGUGUGCAUCUAUUAGACAAUGAGUACUGUUUGGUUCAUCAAAUAAAGAUCAUCAAGUCAAAAAA